CUGGGGUGUAAUCCCACCCACAGUCUUCCUUAUAUAAGGUCUGGUCGGAAAACAGCUACUUCAUUUUUGCUUUUUGGUCAGAGGGUGACUGUAACUUCUUUCCACAGUCUGGCAAUGCCUGUGGAUUUCAGUGGAACCUGGAAUCUUGUCAGCAAUGACAACUUUGAAGGUUAUAUGGUGGCCUUAGGUAUUGACUUUGCAACACGCAAGAUAGCAAAAAUGCUGAAGCCUCAGAAAGUGAUCAAACAAGAUGGUGAUUCAUUUUAUAUCCAUACCACUAGCACAUUCAGAGAUUAUUUGCUCGAAUUCAAAAUUGGGGAAGAGUUUGAAGAAGAUAAUAAAGGCUUGGAUAACAGAAAAUGCAAGAGCCUAGUUACCUGGGAAAAUGACAAACUUGUCUGUGUCCAGAAUGGUGAGAAGAAGAACAGGGGGUGGACUCACUGGCUUGAAGGAGAUGACCUGCACCUGGAGCUUCGUUGUGAGAAUCAAGUAUGUAAACAGGUCUUCAAGAGAGCUUGAACUGGUUCCUACAAGCAAAGACAGCUAUAUACAGGAGACUAUGCAUCCUCAUGUCCAGCGAUGGCUGUACGGACAAGAACUGAUUCCUUGUACCCAUUAACCUAAAUGUUCUGAUGUUUCUGGCUCAGGAAAUAAGUCUGUAGUUGCCAGUGUUAAAGAUCUGAUUUUUGCUAAUAAAUGCCCAAAACCAAACCAAUCUCAAGUACUUGACUUCUGAAUGUGUUUUUUGGAAGGGAUAAAAAAUAACCCAAAACAUAAGCGAUAUGGCUUGGGUCUCUAGUUAACUAACAGUCUAAAUGAAAACAAGAAAACCUGCCUAUUCUAAAGGGGUAUGCUGACAUGAAACAAAAUGGAGGGGGAAUGAUGGUAGGGAAGUGAAGAUAACAACAAAGGAUACAUAUUUAUUAUUCAAAAUGCUUCUCUUUAAUAUGCAGAGUAGUAGUUAACUCCGCUUGCUUGUAUCUUAUAUGUGUAAUGUAAGGUCCUAUAUUGUGCCAUAGCUGCUUUGUUCUCAAAAUAAUAAAGUUCAGCUUACCAGAGGAAACCAGCCUGUGACCAAAUUCCAGAACAAGGAAGA